AUGGACGAGACUGUAAAACAAGUAAAGAAGUCUGUGCGUGUGAGUCGUUUUCGUCCUCAGACCCAGUCCUUCUCUGACUUUGGCAGAUUUGACAGAACACUAUACCAGACCGACCGGAAGAGGUCAUAUACUUUCACAGAUUCCUCCUCUUCUCUCGAAAAACCUGUUUUGGAGAGGGUCCGAAACUUUAGCAAAACAAAGCGAGGAAUCAAGAACCACGGUGAUUUCCUUAGAAUCUCGUCUACAACUUUUUGCAGCAACACUGAUAUCGAAUGCCAAGGAAGUCAGAUAUCUGUAUUUCCUUCAUCGUCUUUUUCUAGUGACGAUUUCAUUCCACAGAAAGACAACAAAGGAUAUAAAGUAAUAAUUUUUGGAAUUCCUGGGGUUGGAAAAUCAUUCCUUCUGCAACAGAUGAGAACUUCCGAGUUCCUUGGAACAUGCCCAGAAGGUCCAGAUCCAUUCUAUCAAUCUGUACCAGUGGUUUUGGGGAAGAGAGAAUCAGUUCUCAAUUUCGUAGAGGCUGACAUGUACAUUCAGAAUCAUGGCAACACCAAUGAAUAUGAUGGUUUUGUAAUGAUGUAUUCCGUAACCGAUAAAAGAUCGUUCAAUUUUAUCGCCAAUAAACUUAAAAAGAUAAAAGAAGAAGUGGGAGAUUCGAAACCUGUUUACGUUGUUGCAAACAAAGUAGAUCUCAUAAGAUUUAGAGAAGUUUCCAGUAAAGAUGGUUUAUCAUUAGCACAAGAGAACAACUGUAGCUUUGUGGAGGUGUCUGUUUCUCUACAGUGGAACAUCGACAAAGUUCUCGUAGACGUCACGGAACAACUUCAAGGUGGCAAAAAGAAAAACAAUGGACGAAAAAUUUCUAAAUUUGAUUGCAGAAGUAACCCCAAAACUCCAGAAGCCCCCUCUAUACAACCUAUGUCAGAAGGAAAAUCGCACAAAAAAAGAUCUAUCUUGUCAAGAUUGCGAAAAUUCUUUAAAAGAAAGCACUUAAAGUUUUGAAUUUAAAGCGUAAAUAAAUCAGCAAUUGUUGAAACAUUCUUUUACCGCUCAUUAGAAUGGUUUUAUGUAGAAACAUGCACUGUUUUAGUUUUUUUUAUGCGGUGUACUUGAUUUUUUUUUUAUUACGAGUUGGUUUCUCUUUUUGUUUUGCAGAUAUAUCCAAAUCGACAAUUGUAUAGUAUUGAAUCAUAUUUACUUUGUACAUUUAUGAGACGAGAAUAAAACUUUGAAUGUUAAA